CUGGGAGUCGAUCAGUUCAGUGGAUUUUAACCUUCAGUUUUCAGCUCAGAAGGACCGUCUGUCUCUCAGCGCUGUUUUAUAUGUGUGUGAGUGUGUGUGUGUAGGAAACAUGAGGCGUCUUCUGCUGCUCCUCGGGCUCCUGCUGCUCCAACAGGCCUGCUGCUUUGAGUUUGUGAUAGAUGGAGAAUGGGAGGAGGACGUGUCAGAUAUGCGGGAUCAUCGGGAGAGGCACAAGAGAGCCAUAUUGACCAGCGAGGAGCAGGAAGACUUUGAGGCGAUCCGUGGUGAAGACAUCACGGUGAAGAGCUACAAGGUGGAGAGCCGCAUCACGUCCCGCUUUGCCCACACCACCGUCCGGAGCUCCGUGCUCAACUCGGGCUCCAAGGCCCAGAGCAUCGGCUUCAACGUGCAGAUCCCCAAACGAGCUUUCAUCACUAACUUCACCAUGAAUGUGAACGGGAUCAUAUUCGUGGGCUCGGUGAAGGAGAAGACGGUGGCCAGGAACCUGUACGCCCAGGCCCGAGCCAGAGGCAAGGCAGCGGGCAUCGUCAGGGCCAAUUCCCAGGACAUGGAGACGUUUAAAACAGAAGUGCAUGUUCCUCCUGGCAGUAACAUUGAGUUUGAGCUGCACUACCAGGAGAUGAUGCACAGGAGGCUGGGCUUCUACGAGCACUCGCUGUUCCUGCAGCCUGGGAGGCUGGUGCCUCAGUUCCAGGUGGAUGUGUACAUCUUUGAGCCCAAGGGAAUCUCCAUGGUAGAAACACCAAACACCCUCGGAGAGCAGUUUGUAGGGAAUAUCAAAGUGACCUCGACCAAAGAGAAGGCUCAUAUUGUCUUCAAGCCAAACCUCCAGCAGCAGAGAAAAUGUGACAACUGCACUGGAAGCGCUAUAGACGGCAUCUUCACCGUCAGAUAUGAUGUGACCCGGGACGGCAAUGCCGGAGAACUACAGGUCUCAGACGGCCACUUCAUCCAGUUCUUUGCUCCCUCCAACCUCUCUCCUCUCCCUAAAAACAUCGUGUUCGUCAUUGACGUCAGCGGAUCCAUGUGGGGAGUCAAGAUGAAGCAAACAGUGGAGGCCAUGCAGGCCAUUCUGGAGGACAUGACCAUAGACGACCACUUCAGCAUCAUCGACUUCAACCACAACGUGCGCUGCUGGAACGAAGAGCUGGUGGCCGGAUCCUCCAUUCAGAUCGCAGACGCCAAGAGAUACGUCCAGAACAUCAAACCCAACGGAGGUACCAACAUUAACGAGGCUCUGAUGAGAGCUGUGCAGAUGCUGGUGAGGGCGUCCAAUCAGGGGCUCAUCGACCCCCGCUCCGUCUCCAUGAUCAUCCUGGUGUCUGACGGAGACCCCACCGUAGGUGAGAUCAAGCUGGGCACCAUCCAGAAGAAUGUGAAGCGGGUGAUGAGGGAGGAGUUUUCUCUCUUCUCGCUGGGCAUCGGCUUCGACGUGGACUAUGACUUCCUGGAGCGGAUCGCCAUGGAGAACAGAGGCAUGGCUCAGAGGAUCUACGCCAACCACGAUGCAGCAGAGCAGCUCCGGGCGUUUUACAGCCAGGUCUCCUCCCCCCUGCUGAGGAUGAUCCAGGUUCAGUUCCCGGAGGACUCGGUGUCAGACGUCACCCAGAACCGCUUCGAUAAGUACUUCAGCGGCUCGGAGCUGGUGGUGGCCGGGAAAGUGAAGCCGUCGGAGAGCAACACGCUGACCAGCUUCACCACCGCCCGCGCCGCCCGUCUGGACGUCACCUUUGAGACGGAGGGAGACUUCACGGAGCUGGACACGGAGCUGGCCAAGCAGCAGCACUCCUUCACGGGCUUCGCCAGACAGAUGUGGGCCUACAUCACUGUCAAACAGCUGAUCUCUGAGAGGUCUCUGGCUCCCACGGCGGUGAAGAAGAGGAAGAUCACUCAGAGGAUCAUGGCGCUGGCCGUGGAGCAUCAGUUCGUCACUCCACUCACCGCACUGCUGGUGGAGAGCGAGGACACCAACGAGAGGCUGCUGGCCGACUCCCCGAAGGACCCCAAACAUGGCUGCUGCUCAGGUGCAGGGUUCAGUGGAGGCUCUUCCUCCUCGGCGCUCAAUCCAGUGAAUGUGGUGUACCAGGCCCCCCCCUGGGUCCAGAUGACCACUAACGCCCCCCCCAGCCAGGCUGUCAAGGGCAGCGAGGAGUACGCCCUGCCUCCAAAGGUCAACUUAGUGGAUAACGACCCUCACUUCAUCGUCCACCUGCCUAGCAGCAACAUGGACGUCUGCUUCAAUAUCGACUCUGCCCCCGGACACAUCCUCAACCUGGUGACUGACACUGGAACAGGUUUGGUGGUGAACGGUCAGUUGGUCGGCUCUAAGCAGGCGCACAAAGGCAAACUGAGCACAUACUUCGGCACCAUCUCAGUGUACUACCAGCCCGAUGGAGUGAGCGUGUCCGUCGGCACCGACAGCAUCUCCAUGACCGACGGCCAGAGAAACCACUCCUUCACCUGGGGGGCCACGGCUAAAAUCUCACAGGAUGGUGUGAGGAUCUCCAUUGUGAAGAACUCUCAUGUGUCCAUCACGAUAAAUAAUAAUAUCCAUGUGAUGGUGUUACUUCACCGUGUGUGGACGAAAAAUCCAGUCGGUGUCGACUUCCUCGGUGUUUACAUUCCCAACGAUAACCAGUACUCCCCUCUGGUGCACGGACUCAUAGGGCAGUUUUCCAGAGAGCCUGAGGUGAGCGUGCACGACAUGCACGAGGGAAUGGACCCUCUGAAGAAGGAGGCCACGAUGGAGGUGAAGGGCAACACGCUGCUCGUCACCAGGGGCUGGCAGCAGGACUACAGGCGCGAUAAGAGGCUCGGAUCAAGCAUCUACUGCUGGUUCAUUCACAACAGUGGGAAGGGCUUCAUCGACGGCCACUACACCGACUACAUCGUCCCACAUCUCAACAGCUUCCUGCAGGCGCUCUGAGCUGCCAGAGACACGUUCAAGUACUAUGCUCAUCUAUAGGGCUGCACUAUUAAUCCAAAUGUUAUCCAUAUCAAAAUGUGGACUAGUGCAAUAUUAAAAUCACAUGUAGCACAGUAUUUGUUAAAGGCUAAAUAUGUGUUCUACAGAUUUAUAAAACAUAUUUGUUUGGUACAGAUAUCACACCAAAAUCAUUUAAUAUGUUUCAAUAUUAAGAAUCAUAAUUAGAACAUGACAAAUCUCUGUAAUAUUAUGAAUAAUGUUGCAAUUGCAAUAUUAUUCAUAAUAUUAGAGAUUUGUCAGUCAAAACAAGUCAUCUUUUCCAGAUCUUUCCACACUGCUAUUAACACCCAUUUAGAAAAAGUGAAAACAGGAGUAAAUAGAAAGGGAAGACGAUCCUUUUCCCCAUUGUGGUUUUUAUGAAUCUAUAUUUCCUGAUUUUUCUUUUUGUAAUUAUAAGAUGGUUGAUAUGGCCAAAGUCUAUAAAGCAUUUUAUAUUCAGUAAUUGUUCUGUAAAUUCAAUUAAUACACUGCAUCACAUUUGAUUAUUUUCUUUUAUAUACAUCAUAGAAGACAACACAAGUUAAAAGACAAAUACAUUAUUUUCAAAAUGAAAGCUUUAAGGUUCCUGAGGACAAUCAUUUGAGGUGUAACAGGUUUUAAGGUUAACGGAAGCAAAUGAAUGCCAGUCUGUGUUAAUUCAGUGAAUUAAUAAAAGGAGUAUACCAAAGAAAAAAAUACUUUUCCUGCAGGUUUUUACUUACAAUUCAUUUAAAAAAAGCUCACAAAUUACUGUGCAACCAGAAUUCUUUGUCCACCUUAUUUAAAAUGUCAUUCUCCUCCAUUUCUGCCCAAAUCAUGGAUAUAUAAUUGCAGGAUCUCUAUUGGUCGACACAUUUCUACCAUUGUACUGAUUUCCCAUUAUAUCCCCCAAUCCUAUUAUAAAUGUUUAAUUCCUAAUUAUAAAAAAGAACACCAUAAAGUCACUUUUUGUUCAAUUUAUUUGGACAAAAUGUACAUUUGCAAUGCUAAGAUCAACUUGAACAUCCGAUACAAAAUAAAAAACAAAUUGAACACA